AUGGCAUUCAACGGCAGCCGCGGCAUUGAAGCCAACGACAAGGACGACCAGGAGAGAUUCGACAUUGUCCUUGCUCCUUACCGCAAGAACAGAAGACUUCUCAGAGUCAAGAACCUCCCGUUUGCGGAGACCAGGGCCCGCGUCGAGGCUUUCCUCAAUUGGAAGCUCGCCAAGCCGGACUCUGCCAGCUUCAACUGGCCUCCCUCGAAUCGCCCGUCGGGUCAUGAUGGAGUCGUGUUCGUCUCGUUCAGAGAGCGCAACGACUGUGUCAGGGCCGAUCGAGACCUCAAAGUGGUCAUGUACCCAGGACCAAGAGGCACCCGCGAGUUGAUCGUCCAAAUAGACAGAGGCAGAAACCUCGCUAUUCCAGCCGCUGCUUGGCACAGGCUUCGUAAUUCAAAUGCAGCCAACAGCGCUGCGGAAACGCCUGAGAAACAGAUGCCCCAUCCUGUCUCAUCCACGGGUCCCACAGUCGAAGUUUCAUCUCUUUCCCGAGCGGCUCAGCAGCGCAAAUUCCACUCCCCACUCGCUGUUCCAACUGACGCUGAACGCAUGCGGCUUACACAAGAGUUCUUUACCAACGAGAUGAAGAUCAGAUCGGAGCGAUAUGGUAACGACGGUGGUGUGGCCUCAGAGAUCUCCGGCGCUGUCGUUCCCCCCACGCCCCUUCUUUCUUCUCCUGCUCCUGCUCGCAAAGCCGAUGAGAUUUCUUCCUCUGGUGCUCCGACGGUCCUGACGCUCAAUCCGCGCCCAGCAAAUUCUACUGGCACAUCCUCUCGGACAGAUUUCCAAACCUGGAAAGCCUUCGUCGGUGCCUUGAGUGAUUCAGACGAUGAUGAUGAGAACAAUGUUGGCGCCAGACUUGGUUACGACUAA